GGAUCGUCUGUGGUGACUCAAAACGUUUCUCCUCUUCAAGCCGUUGACAUUAUCAACAAUCGAUGUAUCACGGACCAGUGCCAUCUAUCCUUAACUUCAACACUUCCUUCUCACUCUCAAGCGUCAAGGUUAUAAAGUAUCACCACCAAGAUGGUCAGUGACAGCGGCCAUGGCGCCAAGUAUCGCCAAUACCUCCCAGACCUGAACAUCCCACGCUUUACAACUAUGCAAAAGCAAGAUGCCCAUGAAUACGCAAAGGAGUUCCUCAAGGGAGGAAAUCCUCCAUGGCUACACGGCCUCUACUUGCACUGGAGAAAGCUCUUCCAAGAUCCCUUCAAGGGGAUUACCAACGACGGAACUGUCCGCCCCAAUCUCUUUACCCUCCAAGACGAGGGCAUGCCCAUCGACUCCAUCGUCUCUGCCACCACCAAUCUCCUCUCCCUCCUCUCCCCCCAACAGCGCUCAGCAGUGACCUACCACAUCGACUCACCAGAAUGGCGCACCUGGUCCAACCCCGAAUUCUUGCUCAGCAACAAAGGGAUCCGCCUCGAUGAGGUCCCUUCCGCCACCCGGGACGCCGUCCUCGCCGUGCUACAGUCCACGCUCUCACCCGAAGGUUACGCCAAAGCCCUUGGCGCCAUGCGCAUCAACGGCUUCCUGGGGGACCUAGUCCAAGCCCCGCGCGUCUGCAACGAGUUCAGUUACAACUUUGUACUCUUCCAAACCGCCUCCGGCCCUUCCACUUCCCAGCCAUGGGGCUUUUCGUUUUAUGGCCACCAUCUGUGUUUGAACGUGUUCCUAUACAAAACCCAAGUGGUCAUCUCGCCUUGGUUCACCGGCGCAGAGCCGAACCUGAUCGACGCCGGGCCAUACAAGGGCACCCGUAUCCUCCAGGAGGAAGAGAAGCUGGGGUUGCAACUGAUGCAGAGCCUCUCGGCUGAGCAGCAGAGGCAAGCUCAGGUGUACAAGCUCCUGCGCGACCCGGCCAUGCCCAAGGGGAGAUGGAAUCACGACGACCAGCGACAUUUGUGCGGCGCGUACCGGGACAACCGCGUGGUUCCGUACGAGGGGGUUUCCGUUGCUGGCUUCACCGAAGAGCAGAAAAGGUUGGUGGAGCAAAUAUUGGAGCAGUACCUGCUUUAUCUGCCCGCGCAAGCUAGGGAGAUCCGCUUAGGCCAGAUCAGGGAAUGGUUCGAUAAGGAGACGUAUUUUUGCUGGAUUGGCGAGUUUGGCAACGAUGAUGCCUUUUACUAUCGGAUUCAGAGCCCUGUGGUGAUUGCUGAGUUCGAUCACCAUAGUGGUGUGUUUUUGACGAACAAGGAGCCGGCCAAGUUUCACAUUCACACGCUGUUGAGGACGCCGAAUGCGGGGGAUUAUGGGAUGGCGUUGAGGGGGCUGUUGGAGGGCGAGAAGCAGGAGUAUGUUUGGGAAGGCUAG